CGGACACGUCCAUUGUCAUUGCGUAAUAGCCCUUGAUCACAGGCGAAUUCUGCUCUACGAAAUUAUCUGCGGCCCCUUUUUUCCUAAUAUCUGAGUUGUAGAUAAUUUACUCCUCAAUCCAAGACUGCCAUGGACGAAGACGAUGUUCUAACCACCCUGAAAAUUCUUAUUAUAGGAGAAAGUGGAGUGGGGAAAUCGAGUUUACUUCUGCGAUUCACAGACGACACAUUUGAUCCUGAGCAAGCGGCUACUAUAGGAGUGGACUUCAAAGUGAAAACUCUUAGCGUAGAUGGCAACAAAGCUAAACUUGCAAUAUGGGACACAGCAGGGCAAGAGAGAUUCCGAACGUUAACCCCUAGCUACUACAGGGGAGCUCAAGGGGUCAUUCUAGUGUAUGAUGUGAGCAGUCAAGUUACCUUUGACCGGCUAGGUCAGUGGUUGAAUGAGCUGGAUACUUACUCCACUAAGGCAGACAUCAUCAAGAUGCUGGUCGGAAACAAGAUAGACAAGGAGAAAAGAGAAGUAUCCCGAGAACAAGGUCUCAAAUUUGCCAGAAAACAUUCUUGUCUCUUCAUCGAAUGCAGCGCCAAAACUAGAGAUGGAGUACAGUGUGCUUUUGAAGAGUUGGUCGAGAAGAUCAUUCAGACGCCAGGACUUUGGGAGAACGACACGAGACAAAGAGGGUUUGGUGUCGGUAGUAAUCAAGGACAACCUAACGAAGGUGCGUGCAGUGGUUACUGCAGUCUAAUAUGAAGCAGAAGGACCACUGGAUGAAUCCCUCAGAAGGAUUUAAAGACUCUUGAAGAAGCUGGUGAAUCUGUGAUGUGUGUCACACAGUGAUUAUAUAAACUGUUCAUCAGGAGGGGGUUUCACAAAGCCUUUUUUCAAUGACAAAUGACAAAAAUCAGUGGCAAAUCUGCUGAUAACCAAUCAGAAACAAGGAUUUCAGUAGCUUAUAACAACAACUGUCAUUUGUUACUGAUGACAAGUUUUGUGAAACAGGUCCCAGACGGCAAUUCCAAUGGACAUGGCAUUAUUUAGUAGGUCAAUGGAUUCUUCCCAGCAGUAGGGGAUGACGUGCUCGGUGAUAUGGUGUUAUAAUGUGUUUCCUCAUCUCGCCUGUUAGUUGGAAAGUCAAAGGCAUAGCCAAUUGAUGGAGAUAGUUGUGACACCCGCAUACAUGUAUACAUGAGUGUGAUCAGAGGUCUAAUAGUGGAGCUCCGAUUGUUUCCCUCCCACAUACAAUGUCUAUGAGAGGGAAUCGUUUUGACCUCCAUGAUACAACAGACCAAUCAGAAGUUACUUUCUGGGACAUAACUAUCUCUCCCAACUAGCUAUGGUCCAAGGUACUUCAUCAUGCUUUACAUGCUCUCUCUUCAUGUACCAUGAAAGUCACCUUCCUGGAUGUACUUGUGUAUAAGGGAAGUUCCAGAUGGCAAAUUGCCAUGAUUAAUAAAAAUGCAAGUAAGGGCUAUUUCCUGAUGUGUACAUGUUAAUGUGAUUCUCAUUAAAAAAUAACAUGUUUAUGGUAUUGAAAUAUAUUUUGGAGCAUUAAUUCUACUGUUGUUCAUGUAUAUUAACGUAUUUGUGAUUGGACAUACAUGUAUAAACUUAUUUUUUCUUAGUUAUUGAUGGAAUAGUUUCAUGAAGGAAUUGUAUAAAAACAUAUUUGCGAUCAUUAUAUCUAGGGUGCAUGUAUGAUUAAAAAUUUUCUUUGGGGAAAAUAGACAAAAUCAGAAUAUUGGGAGGAUACCUCGCAAGAGUUACCAGUCUAUGUUCGAUUGAUGGCGACUUCAAAAAUUCAUAACAUCAUUAUUUGUAAUCGGAUUUUGCUCGAACUUUCGCUGACGUGUUCCUCUCCUUUUUCUACUUCUAUUAAAACCUUAUAACUAUCAGGUUGGGCUUCUCCUUUGAUACCAGGGUAGUUUGGUACAACUUACAUCUAUGUAGUAUCUUACUUUUAUUUGUACAUGAUUUCUCUCAAUAUAUUUAUUGAUAUAUCUUUAUAUUAAGAAUAAGCAUUCUGUUCCAUUCAUACAUGGGAUCAUUUGAUUUAUUCGCAUGAAUGAAAUUCAACAUGAAACUGCAGUCUAAAUAGUUUUAUUUUUACAAAUUUUGAAGGCAAAUUUUCACACAACACAUACACUGUAUAUUAAAUUUUUGCCUGAAACUUUUGAAAAUAUUUUUUUUAAAUGUAGUUAAAGCAAAUUUUGAAGCAACACUUUAAUGUUUACUUAAAUGAGGUACAUUAUAGUAUUGUACCUAUAAAUAAAGGAAGAAUAUUGCCAAUAUAUGUAUACAUCUAAAAUAAUACAAUUAUGGAUUAAUUUGAACAGUGAAGUCAGUUGUACAAAACCUGCUUCUGAGGAAAGUCCCAUCUGGCCUUCAUCUAUGGUAUCUUUCGGGGCUCUAAGGUACUAAGUGCAAUCUGAGUCAUAUUUCAAACUAAUUUAUUACUGAUAUUUCAUAGAUAAUUUUGGUUGAGAUACAACGAUAACCUAUUUACAUGGAUUUUAAAACCUGUACAUGUACAACCUACAAUUAAAAAUCAAAUAUGUAGCUGAUUUUCAAACCUGCACAAUAGAAAGUCAAACCUGUCGCUGUUACAUGUCUAAACCAUGGAAGUAAAUUAGAACAAAAAUACUAGCUAACCUUGAAUUGUGACUGAAUAUUAAGCCUAAAACGAUAACUAAGCCGUGUACAUAGCCACCCCCCAAAAAUGAUUCGGCCCAACACUGUAUGCUUAUAGUCUAUAUCUCAAAUCUGUGACAUGUAUCUGUAUUUCAAGUAAUUCUGUUCAUCUAAAUUUUGCUUGUUUCUUCAUCUCAUAGCCUUCCAUCUGUUCAAUGCAGUUUAAAAUUAAAUGAUAUUCUCAAUAUGUACAUAUAAAUCAAGAAAUGAAAA